AGGAUUCGCCGGACCGAAUCCAGGGCCUGGGAGGAGGGUUUCCCCCGGAGGGCUGCAGCCAAGGAACUCGGGGAAGAGGAUGCUCCCGGCCCUGGGCCCGGUGAAGGCAGCUCGGACUCACCAGGACCUGCACCGCGAACUGCGCCUUGCCCACCGCAGGGGCUUGGCCAGCAAGACGGAGCUGCAGAAGGUUCUGGAACAGCGGGAACAGCGCAGGGCGCAGGAUGAGCCCCCGGGACACUCCCCACUCCAGCGAGAGUUCCUCAGGAGGCAACAGAAGAAAGAGGAGCUGCUGAGACUGGAGUUGGCGGCCCGGGCGGCAGCGGAGGGGGCGCCCGAGUUCGUUCAAGUGAAGGAGCGGCUGCGGAGGACGCAGGAGCCACCGAGCCCGGAGUCCGAGUCCCUGGAGCCCAAACACAGCGCACCCGCCUGAGGAAAGCCGUCCGUCCUAACCCAUCCUCGCCACCCCGUCCCAACCUGCCUCCACCUUUCCGUCCUACCCUCCCUUCCCCCGGGAGAUCAGUUUACAGCGUGCUUUAAUGGUCUCUGUAGCCUGCGGUGUACCGACUGUGUACCUCACCCCUCAA